CGAGCCGUACUGAGCCGCAUCCCCGUGCCGAGCCGCAUCCCCCGCGGGCAGCGCCGACGGAGCCAUGUCGCGGGGCAGCGGGAAGGGGCUGAGCCUGAAGGACAAGCUGGACGGGAACGAGCUGGACCUGAGCCUCUGCGACCUGAAUGAGGUGCCGGUGCGGGAGCUGGCCGCUCUUCCGAAAGCUACUGUCUUGGAUUUGUCCUGUAACAACCUCAUUUCCUUGCCGAGCAUCCCCAGGUGAAUACAGAGGAGUUUCAUCAGCAGUGGAGACUUGGGUUUGUUCCUGUCAUAUUGUCAUCCAUAACCUUCUCAGUCUUAUCUGUCCCACUGUGUCUCACCUCCAUCUUCCAAGGCGAAGGAGGAGAGUGAUUUUCCUCCAUCACAGCCCUGUAUCAGACUUCUGCAGUUUGAUGCAUCUGGUGAAACUGGAUUUGAGUAAAAAUCGGUUGCAGCAGCUGCCCUUGGACUUUGGCCGCCUGGUGAAUCUGCAGCACCUGGACCUUCUGAACAACCGCUUGGUCACCCUGCCAGUCAGCUUUGCACAGCUCAAGAACCUGAAGUGGCUGGAUCUGAAGGACAAUCCCCUGGAUCCUGUCCUGGCUAAAGUGGCAGGAGAUUGUCUGGAUGAGAAGCAGUGUAAGCAGGCUGCUGUCAAGGUACUGCAGCACAUGAAAGCAAUCCAGUCUGAGCAAGAUCGACAACGGCAGCGGAAACUCCAGGCAGAGAGAGAAAUGGAGAAGAAGCGUGAAGCAGAGCAGCGAGCAAAGGAGGCUCUGGAGAGAGAGCUGCGGAAGCGAGAGAAGGCAGAGGAGAAGGAGCGCAGGAGGCGCGAGUACGAUGCUCAGAAAGCUGCAAAACAGGAGAUGGAAAAGAAAACUAAAAAGGAAACAGUGCACACCCGAAAGCCAGCCUCCAGCUCCCGUCCCCCCCAGCCCCCCCGGCACAAGGCCUCGUGGUCACGGUCAGUGCUCAGAGUCCUGCUCUUUGUGCUGUUCUGCAUCCUCUGUGCCCUGGCUGCCUGCAAGCUGACAGAGCUGCAGCAUCAACCUCUCUGCAUCAGCGUGAACACCCUCUACGAGGAUGUGGUGGCUGCUCUGCAGAACCACAAAACCCUGCAGAACAUGCUACAGCACAACUCGCACCAGUGAUUGUCCUGGGUGGGCACUUGCUUCGUCAGCAUCUCCUUCCACCAUCUACGCAGCCAGAAUUCCUAUGGAAUUGUGUUCUGAUGAAACUGCUUUGAACCAGUCAGCAUUGGUUUGCUGGUCCACUCCACAGAGCAGAGCUAUUGUUCAAACUGUCUUUGUUGUGCAUGUCUCUCAGUCGGCCUGUAACUCCCAUUAUUUGUGCACGUUAACCUAAACUUGUUACCACUCCUUGCCUCCAAGUUGUGUCCACCAGGAUUGUGACGUACAGGAAGCUGACAGUCUAUAGCAAUGGGAACAAGCAGCCCUCACAUCAUCUGGGUGAGACAGCUGUAGCUCUGAGCUAGAGGAAGGUUUUUCAUACAUACCCGUUCCUUGCUCUCUUUUCUGUUUGUGCUAAAACUGGUGGUAUGGCUGUAUGGGAAUAAUACACUAAGGCCCACUCCAGGACCAAUUGCAGGCAUGUAGGAUGGCUGUGCAUCCCUAUGUUGGAGCAAAGAGGCUGAUGUGCUAUUGAAAGAAGCUGAAAAUUUUCAAUACAACAGUUUUCACAGCAA